AUGCUAAAGACUCUAAGUAUUCUAGGAUUCUUGGGAGUAGCUACUGCUGCCUACACAGACGAUUUAGUCACCAGUCUUCCUGAUAUGGGUGAUUUCAACACUUACAAACUCUAUUCAGGAUAUCUAUCAGUGAAGGGAACUGGCAAAUACUUACAUUAUAUGUUUGCUGAGAGCCAGUCUGCUCCAUCUACCGAUCCUUUGCUAAUAUGGUUUAACGGAGGUCCAGGAUGCUCCUCAAUGCUUGGAUAUUUGCAAGAGCACGGCCCCUUCGUAAUAGACGAUGGUGCUACUAAAUUCCACAAGAAUGACUACUCUUGGAACAAAGAGACAAAUAUGCUAUAUAUCGAAAGUCCAGCUGGAGUAGGAUAUUCAUUCUGCGACAGAAAGGAUAUUUGCUCAUUUAACGAUGAGACAUCUUCUUUGGACAAUGUUGAUGCUCUUCUAAGCUUCUUUGCAAAGUUCCCUGAAUAUAGAGAUCAUGAUCUUUAUAUCUCUGGAGAAUCAUAUGCUGGCGUUUAUGUUCCUUAUCUCGCCUAUAGAAUUGACCAAUACAAUGAACAAGCUGUGAAGAACAAAGGAUACACAUUCAACUUGAAAGGAUUCCUAGUGGGUAAUGGAGUCACGAACUGGAAGUGGGAUGGUGAUCAAUCAUAUGUUGAGAUGGCUCUUCACCAUGGUCUCUAUGGACUUGAACUCAAGAAGGAAAUAGAUGACAAUUAAUGCAAUUUCUACUAUGAAGAUGAAAAUCCAGAGGACUCACCUCCAUGCUAAGAUAUUUACAAAAAGUUCGGGGAUUUAACCUCUACAAUCAAUAUGUAUGAUAUAUACAGAGCCUGCUUUACAAAUAAGCCAAUGGAGGGACUCUUAUAAUCAGAGGCAUCUCAUGGCUAAGUAAACAUCAACGGCUAAACAAAGACCUACAGAAGACAUUACACCAGCAAGGAUUACACUCCUUGGUUCUAUGAAAAGCAAUAAUCAAAGAUCUAGAAGUAUCUUGGAGACCUACCACCCUGCACUUAUGUUUUGCCAGUAAUAGAUUGGAUCAACAGAGCAGAUGUUAGACAAGCACUCCACAUUCCAGACAUGGUCUAAGGUUGGGAAAUGUGCGCUGGAAAUGACACUGUUGGUUACUGGUCUUAGCCAUAAGCAUCAGAAUGGAUCUAUCCACUUUUGAAGGGUAAAUACAGAAUACUUUUCUACUCAGGAGACACUGACGGUGCAGUUCCAACUAGAGGAAGCAGAUAAUGGAUUUCAAACAUGAACUGGACAAUCAAGGAGAAGUGGAGACCCUAUUUCAACGACGAUAACCAAGUAGCUGGCUACAUUGAAGUUAGGGACGGCUUGACAUUUGCUACAGUCCACGGUGUAGGUCACAUGGCUCCACAAUGGAAGAAAGCUGAGUCUUAUCAUCUAAUUUUCAACUGGAUUAAGGGCUAGCCAAUUUGA